UCAAUUUGCUGUGUUUCAGUUAGAUUAUUGUCAAUCCCAAUAAAGGUCAGUAGGAUCUUUGUUUCUUUCCUUCGAAAAGAGGGAAUGGAUGAUGAGAAUCUGACUCUUCUUUUCCUUGGUUAACGUGUUCAGAAUGAUUGAAGAUGGAGUUUGGACCUUUUACAUUUGGAGUUUUGUUGAGGUUCUCAUAAUGCAGCUCCAAAUUUUUGAGUUUGAUUGUAAAGUUUUUAACAUAUGAUUGUUAUUUCUAGCUUUCUUCCACGAGGAAUCUUGCAUUAUAAAUGCAGUUAUAAAUGGAAAGCAAUGUUCAUCCUCCAAAUUUUAUUGAUGCACCGUAGUAGUCUUAUUUGCAAGUUAAAAUGCCAAUCUUGUAACCUAAUGAGUUGGUUCGCCCUUACCUCCAUUAACCUAUUGAGUUUUUGUAGUGUCUCAUAAAAUAACUUCUGCAACCUUUUUUCUUAUCAGAGUUAUGGAAUGUGGCCUGUUGUUUUCUAUUAGUUUUCUGCAUUCUAAUGAUUUCUUGUGUCAUGACAUGCUGUCACGUUGGCAACAUUUUACUGUGCCUGCCUCACAUUGGUGUUAAUCUUUGUGAAUGUCUGCAACAUAUGAUGCUACUGCAGAGUGUUUUCUGUUCUUGUGCCGCUGAAGUUAUUAGUUAUUUCAUGGUCGCCUCUGUAAAUUUUUCUAAGGGUCUGAGAUGGUAUGCAAAACGCCUCAGAAUAGAUGAAGAUGGAGACGUGGCAGAUGAGUUCUUUGACGAGGUUUUACCAGAUACAUCUUCCAGUGUUGAUGAACAACACAAGCCUCUGCCGAGGUUUGAAGUGAAGUACAGUACCCGGCCAGCUAAAAUCAAGAUGCAGAUGAUGUCACAUGAUGGAAAAAUUCAACAGCGUGUGGAACAUCAAGGGAGACUGCAGUGGGUAUAAUGGUCUUCAUGUUCAGGGCUCAGGGGUGGCUGGGUUUCAUCUGUAAGGUCUAUAGGGUAGGUUUGCUGCUGGGUUAUUCUUUUAGAAUAGAUUCACGCUUUGUUUUUGUGGUGUGAAGACCCUAGACCCAACUGUAUUGUUGUUUAUGUUACAAGGCUUUGUCCAACUGGUAUGCGAUAAGAUUUUAAUUUAGACCAUCUAAUCAGAUAAAUGUCACAGAUGCUCUAGAAAACUGACUCUGUUGGAGUUGAAUGCAUGCUCCAAUUGAUCCAUGUUGUUCCCUGUACUUGCUCGUAUAUAUAUUUUCUCAUCCUUCCCUUUGAAGAGGCCUUCA